GGUCGUUGUGAAAGAGCUCUGAAGCGAGAUGAAAACUCGCAUUUGGGAGUAAUUUAUGGAAUGAAACUCAGACUGGAACAUUUAGGAACACUCCUACAGGGAGGAGGACGGGAGGUGUUUUGGUAGCGGGGUAUUUUCCCAAAAUAGCCGAGCAAGGGUUAAUAACCCCUCGUUUUCUCGUGCCCCUCGGUGGCAGCAGUCCGCGAAAUUUCCAGCAUGAAUGCAAGCUGGGGGCUGCUCUCUUCAAACCGAGCGGGACUCACGCAACUUUCUGACUUCGCCAUCUUUUCUUUUUUUUUUUCUCAACAUCUGACGGAUGUUUAACGAUUAUCAGAACACGUUUUAUUCUCACUGCAGUUGAGCCGUUUAAAUUAAGGCGAGGUGAGGGAGGGGAAAGACUGCCCCUUGCACUAAAUAACUUGUGUAAAAUGUGAGGUAUGUGCACAGCGUCCUACUGCACGAGCCACCUCAGUCCCGCUGGACAACGUGAGACCACUUCACCUUGGAGUCUACAACCUGAAUUACUAUGGACAUGAUGAAUUUAAAGAUUCAGUGCAUUCUAGUGUUCUUCACUUUCUACGUGCAAGAGGGAUUAUCAAAGGAUUAUGAAGCAAACCUUGGAGCAGAUUAUCUCUUACAGAGAGUAAGACGUCAAAGCAAACCAACAAAAGCAGUGCUGAAGGUGACUGACUACCAUUUGAGGUGUUCAGUGGUGUCCCGCUAUGCUAUUACCACAGUCCAGAGUUCAGUAUGGAACCAGCUCCCCAUCACCAAGGAGGCUGCCUUUGAGGUGGACCUUCCCUCCUCUGCUUUCAUCUCCAACUUCACCAUCACCUCCAAUGGAAAGGUGUAUGUGGCCCAAGUGAAGGAAAGAGCCGCUGCCAGGAAAAUUUACGAUGUCGCUAAGAAGCAAGGGAAAACAGCUGGACUUGUUGCUACAAAAGAGAGGGAGAUUGAAAAGUUUCGUGUGGCGGUAAGCGUGCCGUCAGGAGCUCGGAUGUCCUUCUCCCUGUCCUACGAAGAGCUGUUGCCUCGUCGACUCGGCCGCUAUGAGCUUAGUUUGGGUUUGAGGCCAGGACAGACUGUGCAGAACCUCACGUUAGACGUCAGUAUAACGGAGCGGACAGGCAUCAGUUUCAUCAAAGCCUUUCCUCUCAAGACGAGCCGGCUGCUCUCCAACACUGCUCAAGGUGAUGCAGACGCCCCUGCCUCCACUCAUGUUGAGCAUAGCGCUGGCUGUGCUCGGGUUCGCUACAGUCCCACUCUACAGCAGCAGAACAGCAUCUCCUCCAAAGGUCUUAAUGCAGACUUCAUCAUCCAGUAUGAUGUGGACCUCAGAGACCUCAUGGGUGAAGUCCAGGUGUAUGAUGGCUACUUUGUGCAUUACUUUGCACCCAGAGGGCUUCCUGUGGUUCCUAAGGAUGUUAUAUUUGUCAUUGAUGUCAGUGGCUCAAUGAUAGGCACCAAGAUAAAACAGACCAAGCAGGCCAUGGGCACCAUUCUCGGGGACCUUAGAGAGGGAGACCACUUCAAUAUCAUCACCUUCUCAGACAAGGUUCACACCUGGAAGAAAGGACGAACAGUCCGGGCGACUCGGCAGAAUGUACGAGAUGCCAAAGACUUUGUGAAGAUGAUUAUUGCAGAGGGAUGGACCAAUAUCAAUGCAGCGCUGCUGUCAGCUGCCCAGCUCGUCAACCCUCCAUCCUCCGGCUCUUCCAACCACCUCUCAUCCCAUCGAGUCCCUCUGGUAAUUUUCCUUACUGAUGGGGAGGCAACCAUCGGAGUAACAGCUGGUGACACCAUCCUUAGCAACGCCAAGAAAGCUUUGGGCUCCUCCUCUCUGUUUGGCAUUGCCUUUGGAGACGAUGCAGACUUCCUCCUCCUGAAACGCCUGGCUCUGGAUAACCGUGGUGUGGCGAGGAUGGUGUAUGAGGAUGCAGAUGCAGCCUUGCAGCUGAAGGGCUUCUUUGAUGAAGUAGCUAGCCCUUUGCUAUCAGACAUCCAGCUGUCGUACCUGGACGAUCAGGCGUUUGACAUCACCCGCGCCAUGUUCCCGAAUUACUUCCAAGGCUCGGAGUUGGUGGUGGCAGGGAGGGUCAAACCAGGGCUCAAGGACUUAAAGGUGUCAAUGUCCGCCACUGAUUUAAAGCAGCGUGUCAAGUUGGAGAACGAUGUGUUGAUUUCCCAUGCUAAGGGGAACGGAAGUACAGAAUCACUAGACUGUUUGGGAGGUUUAGAAGGAACAUCCAGUUUUGUGCGCCGUCUCUGGGCGUAUUUCACCAUCAAAGAGCUGUUACUGGCCAAACUGAAUGCUACUGACCCUGCAACUCAAAGGUUACUGGCAGACAAGGCCACCAACCUAUCCCUCAAGUAUAACUUUGUAACACCAGUCACUUCUUUAGUUGUAGUUAAGCCAGACGCAGAUGAAGCAGCUCAAACUCCAACCACCACACGACCCACCACCGCAGCCACUAUAACCACCACAGCAACGACUACUGCCGCCACCAAAAUAUCAGCUGCUGGUGCUGUAAAGAAGCCUAGUGCACCUUCUAUCCCCAGGCCUGAAAAAAACAAACCAGUCCCUCCGCAGCCACCUCAAAAGCAAACAAAAAAAAUCUCAUCACCAACUUCCACAGCAAAAACAGCAACAUCCAAGAAAACCACAACAACUUCAAGUCCCAGCUCUGUCAAAACUGCCCCAGCUCCAUUCUCGGGUAAAAAGCCCACUCCUUCACACAAUGAAUCCAAAAUGGCUUCUCCUCCUCCUCCUCCUCCUUUUCCUGUCGGUAAGAUACCCACCUCUCUGCUGAAUGCUCUAAAAACCGCGCCACCCCCUGCACCUGGAAAAGUCUACACCCCGCAGCCCAAAGCCUUGAAAAGAACCACGCCCUCCACAACAACCACAAUGUCAACAUUCACCACCAGCACCACACCUGAGCUCAGCUCGGUCAGAACCGACCCUGCACCUCUGCACGGGAAACCCCUUACCCCUCAGCCCAGUACAGUGAGGACACCCCUGCCUCCUGUCAAAGCGACUGUGCCCUCCACAGAGGCAGAAAACACCCCCACAUCUGCUCCAGAUGUUCCUAAAAUCACCACCGCUGUGCCUAAGCUGUUGUCUCCGCUCACCUCUCCCACCCCGGCACCUGCUCCAGCUGUGGAUGACAACAACACAGACUUGAGCAUCGCAACCUUCGUGUCGGCCACCUUUGCUCCUAUGCCUGGUGUGACAGAUGGGCCACGCCUGUGGGAAGCAGCAGGGCUUCUGGAUGUCUCUACUUUCAUUCAAAGAAAAGAUAUCGACCUUGUGAAAGACUAUGAUGCAACCUAUGACUAUGACUACGAUCUCAACUAUGAUACUUGGGAUGAUACUGCAGACUCUGGAUCAUUUGAUAGUGCUCCCUCCAGAUUGAGCACCAUCCGGGUCUUCUCCUCAUCAGUUGAUGGAGAUCCUCAUUUUGUGGUCCAGCUGCCAAAGCUGCAUCAGAACCUGUGUUUCACAGUAGACGGCAGAGCUAAUGACGUUCUCAGACUGAUAGAGGAACCAGAGAGAGGCAUCAUUGUUGACGGCCACCUAAUGGGAGCUCCGUCCAAACACGGUGUAGAAGACCGCACCCGAACUUACUUCGACCGGCUCACCAUUUCCUCAGCCACAGGCAACUCUGGCGACAUCAUGAUCACCCUCUCAUUGGACGCUGUAGUGGUGGAAGGGGAAGGGCGGGAUCAUCUUCCCAUCAAUCAGCAAGGGUCCGUGGCGAGGCAGGGUGUGACGGUCACUGUGGACAACCAUCGGAGCUGCUGGAUCGAGCUGAACAAGGGUGUGCGGUUCCUGGUUAUGGCCCAUCACUAUGAACACCCCAGCUACCUGCAGAUGGCUCAUCUGGGUUUCUACAUCACAGAUAGACGGGGUUUAUCUGCUUCAACCCAAGGCCUGCUGGGCCAGUUUCAGCACGCUGACAUGAGUGUGACAGCGGUGAAAGAUUAUCUGGGUGGAGGUGCGCACAAUGAAGCGAUUUCAGCCACGGGGAUCCUGAGGUGGGGACCAGAGAAAAUGCGGGUCACCUUGCAGGACAAGACGCUGAAAGACACGGUGCGGAAACACCACAUGGGCAAGUGCUGGGUGGUGCCCAAGGCAGAGGUAGAGAGACUACUGGGUCAUCCAUACGAGAGCUACGUGGUGGAUCAUGUGUAAUUCUAGCUGGGUCUGCUCCGCCUUGUUGCCUCUCUGCUGCACAGCUCAGGUCACAGCAGUUGUCACGGCUUGGUUAUUGGACAAAGGAAGAGCAAGAAUUGGGACUCUGUGAGGCUAAAAUGACACGUCGCCACACAUUGUCUAAUAUUCUGUAAGGACCAGUGGAACACAGGUGUGCUUACAAAAAGAGGGGGUGACAUUUUAUAAGCGUAAUGAGGAAGUGUGGUUCGACAAAUAUAAUGGACUGAACGAUGCUGUUGUCUUCCAUCAGUGAAUUUGAUUUGGACUCCAGCUCUGUGUUCUGUAUCUAUGACAGAGACGCCGUGUUGUCCUGUUCACAUGGCAACCACAAGAUGUCCAUUUGUGCUGCAGCAGUUUGUGCUCGCUCCAAAAUGUCUCGCACACUAACUCUGUUCACGACUUCAAAGAUGUUUAUUCGAUUAUUCUUAUAUUUCAUCUUUGAAUGAUUAUUAAGCAAAAGCCUUGUAAUUAUAAAAACUGUAUUAUUCUGUAAGUUGAGUUUUUAUAGUACAAGUGUAUAUAAAAUAUUAUGUAUGUGUAGAUACUCUUCCCACAAAACUCACCUGGAUAUUGUGAUUGCAUCUU